AUGGCGGACAGCAAGAACAACCAGACCGACGCCGCCGCUGCCGCCGCUGCCGCCGAGCCGACGGACCUGCGCAAGCAGAUGGAGGCCAUGAUCCGGUACAAGGUCGAGUGUGAGGACCAGUACGGCCCCAAGUUCGACGUCAAGCAGGAUGGCACGCCCUUCGACCUGCAGGUGUCGCAGGACCCCAGCGCCAUGGUCGACGUGCGCGAUCCCGUCUUCGAGAUCAUCACCGGCCUCGACGUCGCCUCCAACCGGCCCAAGUUCUACGGCGGCCUGUGGGGCGAAAAGUUCGGUGCCGGCGCCGACGGCGGCAUCGAGUCUUGGGCCGCCCAGGCUGCGACGGCCCCGGACCUCCUGAGCGCCGAUGAAGAGGAGAAGGAGAAGAAGAAGGAGCCGCCGACGCUCGAGAACAAGCGUAUCCUCAAGAUCGGCGAGACCCGCAUGGUCAUCCACUCUGCGUGGCUGCUCGAGGCCAUCAGGGAGGUCGUCCAGUUCUAUCCGAGCCAAAACCUUACCGGCGACACCGUCACCGUCCACGAGCCGUACUGCGCCCUGGUGCACUACAUCACCGAGCUGCGUGACCUGAAGAACCGGCUGGCGCUCGACCGCGUGACGGACCCGGAGCAGGAGCCGGACGACGUGUCGGUCAAGUACGAGCACCUGCGCAUUCUGCUCGAGUACCUCGAGCCGCACGUCGAGAGAGUGGCACUGCCGGCUCGCCGGCGCCUCAGGCGCGACGAGCCCACCACCACGUUCGAGGACCUGUGGUACCUGCUGCGGCCGGGCGAGCUGUCGUACUGCACGCACGACGACGAGGUGCUGGGCUGCGCCAUCGAGAGCGUCGAGCUCGAGACGGCGGACACCAAGGAAGAACGUAAGUGGACGGUGAAGGUGUGGUUCCUCGGCCACCGGUGGAAGACGGCGCGCAUGCGCCGCGCGCUGCUAGACAUCGAGGUGCCGUACUUCGAGGGCGAGAAGGAGGUCACGAAGCUGCCUGUCUACCCGCGCAAAUUCUUCGACGAGCGCGACGGAGGCGAGCGGAGGGCCAAGUUCCAGAAGCGGGGCGCCAAGGCGUGCAAUAUCUCGUGGGAGGGCCACUCUUACCUGUCCUACAAGGGUCAGUUCAUGGACAAGGCGAAGGCAUACUACGAGGGCCAGAUUGUCGCCGAGACGGCCAUCCCGAGGCGCGAGAAGGUGCCGGAGAACCAGUGGGAGUUCAAAUGGGACAGCUACCUCGAUUACGCGACGGAGAAGAGCCUCGAGAAGGACAGGGCGGCUUCGCACAUGCAGCCCGUGUGCCUCAAUCCGGAGGCGGUGUCGCGGGAGAUGCUCUCAGACGACCACCUGUUCCUGGUGUCGCCGGUGAUGCUCGCGUUCGCGCUGGGCCACAAGGCGUGGAUGCCGGUGCACGUCGACCACAUGCACUCAAUGGGCCCAUCGUCGUACGUGCCGGACGCCAACAUCGGGGCGGACAACCUGCGAAUCAUCCGCGCGCUUUCGCACCGGCAGGUGUCGACCAAGCAGUCGUGGUCGGCCGACUUCAUCAAGAACAAGGGCGAGGGCGUCGUGGUGCUGCUGCACGGCCCUCCCGGCGUGGGCAAGACGUACACGGUAGAAAAAACAGCUUUGAGCACGCGGCGCCCUCUGCUGGCGCUAACCAUUGGCGACCUGGGCCGCAACGAGGAGAAGAUCGAGAAGGAGCUGACCAUGUGGUUCGACCUGGCCCACCGCUGGCGCGCCAUCCUACUCAUCGACGAGGCCGACAUCUUCCUCGAGCGUCGCCGCGCCUCGGACCUCGCGCGCAACGGCAUCGUGGCCGCCUUCCUACGCAAGAUGGAGUACUUUGGCGGCAUCCUCUUCCUCACGACCAACCGCGUCGAGCAUAUCGACGAGGCCUUUAUGUCGCGCGUGCACGUCGUCAUCGGCUUCGACAAGCUCGACCGCACGCGCCGCCGCGUCAUCUGGGCCAGCUUCGUCGACAAGCUCAAGCGCGAGAUGGGCGGCAAGCUGCGCGUCAGCGACGAGGCGGAGCGCUUCGUACUCGACGACGAGGAGAUGAGCGCCGUGGACUGGAACGGCCGCGAGAUCCGCAACGCGUUCCAGACGGCCAUCUCGCUCGCCGAGUUCGAGGCCAUCGAGGAUCCCGAUCACGACGACCAGGCCGAGACCAUUGUCGGCGUCGAGCACUUCCGCCAGGUCAUGGAGAUGAGCAAGACAUUCAAGAGCCACGUCGAGACGGCCCGGAAGGAGAACAGCGACAGCGAGUGGUCGGCGGAUUUCUAA